GGGGGAGUUUGCGGGGAGGCGGCAAGCGACCCGGGGAAUGACACUCUCCCCUCCACCGCAGUCCGAGGUUAUGCGUCUCAAUGAUCCCGCGGAAACGCUACGGGUCUAAGAACACGGAUCAGGGCGUCUACCUGGGUCUCUCGAAGACACAGGUCCUGUCCCCUGCAACUGCUGGCGGUGACAGCAGCGACAUCGCUCCUCUGCCCCCCUCAGUGGCCCCGGUCCCUCCCCCUCCCGACACCAUGUCCUGCCGGGAUCGGACCCAGGAGUUCCUGUCUGCCUGCAAGUCGCUGCAGAGCCGUCAGAAUGGGAUCCAGACAAAUAAGCCGGCUCUGCGUGCUGUCCGACAGCGCAGCGAAUUCACCCUCAUGGCUAAGCGCAUUGGGAAAGACCUCAGCAACACAUUUGCCAAGCUGGAGAAGCUGACGAUCUUGGCAAAGCGCAAGUCCCUCUUUGAUGAUAAAGCAGUGGAAAUUGAGGAGCUAACGUAUAUUAUCAAACAGGACAUCAAUAGCCUCAACAAACAAAUUGCUCAGCUUCAGGAUUUCGUGAGGGCAAAGGGCAGCCAGAGUGGUCGGCACCUGCAGACCCAUUCCAACACCAUUGUCGUCUCCUUGCAGUCAAAACUGGCAUCCAUGUCCAAUGACUUCAAAUCAGUUUUAGAAGUUAGGACAGAGAACCUGAAGCAGCAGAGAAGCCGGAGGGAGCAGUUCUCCCGGGCACCUGUAUCAGCUCUACCCCUUGCCCCCAACCAUCUGGGGGGUGGUGCUGUGGUUUUGGGGGCAGAGUCUCGUGCCUCCAAGGAUGUGGCCAUUGACAUGAUGGACUCUCGGACCAGCCAGCAGCUACAGCUCAUUGACGAGCAGGAUUCCUACAUCCAGAGUCGAGCAGACACCAUGCAGAACAUUGAGUCUACAAUUGUUGAGCUGGGCUCCAUCUUUCAACAGUUGGCACACAUGGUUAAGGAACAGGAGGAAACCAUUCAGAGGAUUGACGAGAACGUGCUAGGAGCUCAGCUGGACGUUGAGGCCGCCCAUUCAGAGAUCCUCAAGUACUUCCAGUCAGUCACCUCCAACCGGUGGCUCAUGGUCAAAAUCUUCCUGAUCCUCAUUGUCUUCUUCAUCAUCUUUGUGGUCUUCCUUGCCUGAACCUUCUCCACUUUGAGGCACUCCAUGAGGGCUUGGGACCUUCCUGGAACGGCAGGUGGCCAGUACUACCACUGAGCCUGUGCAGGGUGCUUGGGAGAAAGGCCCUGUUUUCCUGGAACUGCUAAGCAGGGCCGCUGCCCCUGAUCCCCCAUCCCUUACCUCUGGUCACUCUGUCAUUUCCUCACCACCCUCAGGCCCAUGAAACACACACAGUUCUGGAUUGGACUCUGCUGUGAAGUGGCUGGAAGGGAGCAGAGGCCAGCUGGGGGCCAGUGGGGGAGGUUUUUAUAAACCCUCUCCAGCCUUUCUCAAAAGGACACUUUGGCAGCAAGGGGAGAUGACGCUCUUCCCCACCUUCCUGUGAGUGAGGAGAGGAAGCAAAACUGUCCCAGGGACCAACUUUCCCAUCUGGGUUAGAACUUGACCUCUUGCUUCUUCCUCUCUCCACCAUGUGAGGCAGGGGGCCCUGAGCCCUUCAGCUGCCUGUACAACCCCUGACAUUGGCUGCUGGUGACUCAAUCUGCCAAAUGUACUGCAGCCUGUUUUCUCCCAAUUACAGCAAGACUGUCAGCCUCA